AUGGUACAACUUGGACUCAAUGAAAUGUGCUAUUUACUGGACAUCAGGUUACAAAUCCCGGUUCAAAACUUGGAGAAACAAGUGAAUUCCAGACCUCGCACCCAGCUCCAACCUCCGUUUUCUCCCUUCACCCCCCUCCUCACAGUUUCUAAGCUGCUCUUUUUGGAUGCUUUGGCAUUGCAGAUCUUUAAGGAUGAAGAAGCAGAGCUGGGAUUUAAACCCAGACAUCAGGUCCUCUUCACACUAGCCAAUGCUGUUUCUUUUGUUACUGCAGUGAUUCAGUGUGAGCCUUUGGAAACCCCUGAUUUGGGGAGCAUGGACUGUAGUCACCCCUUGGGGAACUUUAGCUUUAUUUCCACAUGCACCUUCAACUGCUCUGAGGGAACAGACCUCAUUGGGAUUGAGGAAACCACUUGUGGACCUUUUGGAAACUGGUCAUCUCAAGAACCAACCUGUGAAAUGAUUCAAUGUGAGCCUUUGGAGGCCCCUGAUUUGGGGACCAUGGACUGUAGUCACCCCUUGGGGAACUUCAGCUUUACCUCCAUGUGCACCUUCAACUGCUCAGAAGAAACGGAGUUAAUCGGGGAGAGGAAAACUAUUUGUGGAUCAUCUGGAAUCUGGUCAAGCCCUAGUCCAAAAUGUCAAAAAGUGGACAGGAGUUUCUCAAUGAUCAAGAAGGGUGACUAUAACCCUGUCUUCAUUCCGGUGGCAGUCAUGGUUACUGCUUUUGCUGGGCUGGCAUUUAUCAUUUGGCUGGCGAGAAGAUUAAAGAAAGGUAAAGAGUCCCAGGAAAGCACAAAUGAUCCAUAUUAAAGCAACCUCUGUGAAAAAAAAUUCUUGGGAUACUAAAGUGUCACUGGAUCCUUCAAAUCCCUCCCUGAAAAGUAUCUCAUGGUGGUGUCUCCUAUAUUGAAGAUGGAGUGCUUCUCUUUCUCUGCAUCUGGAAAGAUUUCUACAGGAUCAGCAGCUCUUUCUGCUCCCUAUGUGCCCCUCACCCACCCCUGCACCCCUGCCUACAGUUGUGCUUUACAUUGCUUGUGUUUUAUUCUCUUUUUCAUGGACCAUGGGGGGAGAAGAUGGCUUUGGAAUAUAAAGAUGUCCGAUUUUGCUCUCUAUCUUGACUCCAUUUCCAGUUCCAACUCAGUGCUGUCCCUGAUGACCUUCUGUACCUGAUGACCUUAAAUACAGUGGAAACUUGAUA